AUGCAAGGAUGUUACACCUGCUACCGCUCAUUCGCCCGCGAGCUGGUGUACAACCUCGAGCUGCGCUUGGGGGACCUGACGCGCUUGAACGGGGCGAAGCUCUUCAUGCCCCGCUCGUGGCCGAGGGGCGUCGAGGCAAGAGAUGCAGAGUGCAAGGAGCACCUGCACGGCCUCGUCCAUCUCUUUCAGGCCAAGAACCGGGACACCAUUUUCAAGCGCAAGGAGCAAGCUGCGCCAGAGAAGGAGCGGGCCAAGUUUGUUAAGGGGAGUGGCCGUCGGGUGCUGCAAGUGGAGGAGGAGGAGCUAGACGAGGGCACGGGCAUGCAUGGUUCUGUAGGCGAUGACGGUGAGAGUGAUGGUGCCGGUAGCAGUAGUGGUGAUGAUGAGAGUGAUUCGGAUGAUGAGAUGUGA